AUGACUCUGUCCCAGGAACUGUUUCCAUUCAGAUAUGUGGUAACAGAAUUCUCUCAGGAAGUGUAUGACUGCCUGGACCCUUCUCAGAGGACUCUGUAUAGGGAUGUGAUGUUGAAGAACUACAGGAACCUGGUCUCCCAAGGAAUCUUGGCUUCUGGUGUAAAUAUAAUCUCCAUUUCAAAACAAGGGAUAGACUUCUGGACUGUGAAGGGAAGGAAAAAUAGCAAAAUACCCAGGGUCCUCUUUUUCUGA